AUGGAUUUGCCAGCGGAUUCCCAAGACCUCUUUGGGUCAGAUGACGAACUUGGGGAUGACAUCCACGUACCGGAGCCUAUUCCUGCUCCAAAGUCUCCGGUCUCAGACUGGCCGACCCCGGUGCCCAAAGCGACACUCAUCUCCCGUGUGAAGAACAAGUUUGAGAAGUGCGACAAACGCCAGCAUCAGAAAGUUGAGCAUGCCACUGACAAGAAGACUGAUGCCAAAAAAGAGGGUGACAAGAACCAAAGCAUGCCAGCUGACAAGCAGAAGGAGGGUGAGGAUGACAAUGGCGAAAACGGUGUGUAG